UGCUGAGGCCGCGGGCGCUGGAACUACUUCGGCACCGGGAGGCGGCGGCGGAGCUUUGUGCGGGCCGGGACCCCCGGCACGGCCGCGACCCCUCCCCAAACCCGGCCCCCGCUCCGGGGCUGCUCCGCCUUUAAUUGAGGGGGGGGAGUGAGGGAGGGAGGGACCCUCGGCGCGUCCUCCCCGACCCUCCCCGCAUUCCCACGCCCCCUCCCCAAAAAGCGCCGCGCUCGGGUUAAAGUUUGGCGGGGGCCGAGCCCCUCCCCCGCGGGGUUUGAGGGGGGGUCCGGGGGGUUCCCCGCGCCGCCCCCUCCCCUCCCGUCCCCUCCCGUUGCCGGCGAUGCCGGCGGUGAUGGAGAAGCCCUCGGGGAUCCUGUCCCGCAGCCGCGCCAAGGCGGGGGGCGCCGCGGGGCCCCCCCAUUCCGAGGACGAGACCAGCGAGGACGAGCACGCCCACGACAGCAUGAUCCGGGUGGGGGCCGACUACCAGGCGGUGAUUCCCGACUGCAAACCAGAGAGCCCCGCCCGCUACAGCAACAAGGAGCUGAAGGGGAUGCUGGUGUGGGCCCCCAACCACUGCGUGUCCGACGCCAAACUGGACAGGUACAUUGCCAUGGCCAAGGACAAGCACGGCUACAACAUCGAGCAGGCUCUGGGGAUGCUGCUGUGGCACAAACACGACGUGGAGAAGUCCUUGGCCGACCUGGCCAACUUCACGCCCUUCCCAGACGAGUGGACGGUGGAGGACAAGGUUCUGUUCGAGCAGGCGUUCAGCUUCCACGGCAAGAGCUUCUCGCGCAUCCAGCAGAUGCUCCCCGACAAGCUGAUCCCCAGCCUGGUCAAGUACUAUUACUCCUGGAAGAAACCCGAACCCGCACGAGCGUCAGGGACCGGCAGGCGCGGCGGCUGCUGGGGCGGCGCCGACCGCGACGACAGCAACGACGAGACCGAGGAGCACCGAGCCCACCCCGACGGGGACGCGGAGCCUGCGGAGCCCAAAAAAGAGGCGGGGCCACGCCCCAGGGCGGAGCCUCAGUACCGGCACCACCCCCCGGCGCGGCAGCGGCGCCGCCCCCCCCGUGGGAUGCGCCUGAGCCGCGAGGACGUGGCCGAGGUCACGGCCAACCCCGACCUGGGCACGCGCGCCCUGCGCCAGCUCGACUGCCAGCUGGUGGCCCUGAAACGCCAGGUUCAGCGCAUCAAGCAGAUCAACAGCGGCCUCAGGCAGGCGCUGGACGGGGGCCUGGAGGGCUGCGGCCACCUGAGGUGGGUGCUGUGCCCCCCCCCGGUGUCCCCACGGUGUCCCCACGGUGUCACAGCAGCCCCAGCUGUGUCCCUGUGCCCCCCAAGUCACCUCCAGUCACCCCCCAGGUGCAGCAGCAAGUUCAGCUCCCGCUGGACAACGGAUGAGCAGCUGCUGGUGGUGCAGGCCCUGCGCCGCUACGGCCGCGAUUUCCCGGCGGUGGCGGCCGUGCUGGGCAACAAAACGGCGGCGCAGGUUCGGAGCUUCGUGCUGGGCCCGCGGCGCCGCCUGGGCCUGGAGCGGCUCCUGCAGGAGCGCCAGGGCCAGGGGGAGCCCCCGGGAGCCCCCGCGGAGGAGGAGGAGGCAGGAGGAGGAGAUCAGCGCCAGUCCCCGACCGUGCCCACACCGUGA